AUGGUCGUCGCACCACUCGUCCGAUCAGGACGUCUUGCAAGCCGUGCAGUCCGCACCGUUGUUGCUUCCACUUCCGCCGUAUCAUCGUCUAGCAACAGCCGCAGCCUGCACACUUGCCCACCGACGCCCGAGGUCCUCACCGAAGGCUGUGCGCCCUUCCUUUCCGGCUCGACCGUCAAGCAGAUCUCCCAAUCGUGGCAGGGCGGUCUCCUCGAUCUGCUCAACCAAGAGGUCCGCGAUACAGAAUUCGCCUCGUCCUCGAUCGUCGAAACCGUCAUUGGUCUCUCACAGAACAGGGAAAAGAUCCUUGCCUUCAACUAUGCCUCUCAAGCGCUCAACAACAGCUUCUUCCUGUCGUCCCUGGCACCGCAGGAUCGAUUGCGCAACCCAACACCACUGCCAAAGGUCGCUACCGCCAUCUCCAAGAGCUUCGGCAGCUUCCCAGAGAUGUGCCUCGCCUUUUCGUCCGCAGCAUACGGCAUGGCCGGCAGCGGCUGGGUCUGGCUCGUCACGGAUCAACACAGGAAUCUGGGUGUCGUCCCCACGUUCGGUAGCGGAACAGUGGUCGUCCAGAACCGCAUGCAGCAAGGAAAGCACUUCUUGCUUCCCAGCAUCAACGACCAGUCGACUGGCUCGCCAAAUGGCCCCAAGAAGGGUUCGCAAUCCUCGCCAUCCGAGCGACCCUCGCGCCCAGCUGACUCGCUCUUCGGUGGCCUCGGCAUCUCGGACAAGGUCGGAAAGGAGCUCUACCCGCUCCUCAACAUCAGCGUCCAUGAGCACGCAUGGUUGAACGACUACGGCAUCAUGGGCAAGGAGGAGUAUCUCACCCGCUUCUGGAACUGCGUCAACUGGGACAAGGUCGAGGAGCGUUUCGAUGCGUACUGCCCGCAGUCGUCGCGAUACCUGUAG